UACUCGUCCACCCCACGCCGCUCUUCCGACCGUGCACCCAUACGCCCUCUCGAACACUCCACCACAGUCGCCAAAGUAUGAGUCGCGGUGGAAAACUUGCCCCCGAAGUCAAUCGAGCUCUCUUCGUAAAGAACCUGAGCUUCAACGUCACUCCAGAGGAGCUUUUCGACCUCUUUGGCAAGUUCGGCCCGGUGCGCCAAAUCCGCCAGGGCAUCGCCAACAACACCAAGGGCACUGCAUUCGUUGUCUAUGAGGACGUAAUGGACGCAAAGUCGGCUUGCGACAAGCUGAACGGCUUCAACUUCCAGAACCGUUACCUCGUCGUAUUAUACCACCAGCCAGACAAGAUGAUCAAGGCCGCAAAUGAUCUCGCCGAGCGCCAGGAGAACUUAGAAAAGCUCAAGCAGCAACACGGUAUCGAUUAGCAUGAGGAGAGGCCCCAGGAAACGGUGAACUCGCGAGAGCGAAUUAGUAAUAAAUAUCCUGCGGGCCUCAAGACUGAUAGCGUACACUCGAAGCAUUCAUCCGACGGCGGCGGCGACCACCCACGGUCGUCUACGACAAGUUCGGCACGUACGAAGCGCUCCACAUCCAUUUCGAAGGACGCCUCGACACCGCCCGGCCGCGACCGCGACUGGUACGGCGUCAAGCUGUCCAUCAAGGGGCUCUGGAAAUCAGUUAUUAGGGUUGGCGUUUAAGGAGGUCAUGACACGUUUACGAACGACACAUGCAUGGGUGAACUAUGGUUUCGCGUCUUUUAACAGCUGGGAUGGCUUUUUCACGCAUUUCAAUCUGCCCCGUUCGAGGCUGCAUCCACACAUAUAGCAGAUAGCCGACAGGCUUUGAGCGAUCGAUUCGCGAAUACCAUCCAGUUCUCUUUGGA